AUGCCUCGUAGGUCCAAUCUAUCACCUACACACUCCCAAAUUACUAAAUUUGCAAAGUCAGAUCAAGCGAUUAGCGACCGCCACGGAUGUCUUCCAGCCCCCAGACUGAAGAACCAGAGGCCAUUUGGUAUCGAUCGACUUGAGCAGAUCUUCCGCGCAGACUCUGAAUCGCGAUUGAUGGAGCUCUUCCUGUUCCAUUUUCGGCAAACGGGAAAGACACUCGAGCACAAGUUCUUGGGAGUGAAGGCGUAUGGAACGGUCGAGCCGGCUAAUUUGGAGGCUAUCUUGUCUACCAGUUUCAAAGAUUUUGGUCUUGGGCCUCGUCGAGCUAUCCUGUUUCCGGCGUUUGGUGACGGUAUUUUCACGCAGGAAAGCGCUGACUGGAAACACUCCCGGGAUAUGCUGCGACCGCAAUUGCAGCACAAGCAUUAUGAGAGCCUUGAAAUAUUCCAAGAAGCGACCAAUGAUCUCGUCCGGUUGGUUCGAGAACGCGACGGGAUCGUUGAUCUGCAGCCGCUCUUCUUCCGCUUGACUCUCGAUACUACAACAGCGUUUUUGUUUGGCGAGUCCACUCGCAGUCUCGCAAACCCGGAGGUUAUUGGGGAGCGGACUUUUGCGGAUGCAUUCAAUACCGCCCAACAAUGGGCCGUUAUCAGAUAUCGACUCCAGGACCUGUACUGGAUGAUUGACGGUAGAGGGUUCAGGAAAGCUUGCCGAGAUGUUCGCGAGUUUGCCGACAAGAUCAUCGAUCGCAACAUUUCGUCGAACCGAUGUAAGACAGAUGAUGAGGGUAAACAUGUCUUUCUGGAUGCCGUUGCGCAGCAUGCGUCGAAUCGAGCUGCAUUAAGAGGUCAGAUCAUCAGUCUGUUGGUCGCUGGGAGGGACACCACAGCCUGCCUUCUUUCCUGGACAUUCUUUCUACUCGUCCGUCAUCCGAACAUGAUGAAGAAGCUGCGCGAGGAACUCCUCUCGACCUGUGGCGCUGAUGCGGAACUUGACCGCGAUAGCUUAAGACGAUUGCCGUACCUGCAAAACGUACUCAGAGAAGUCCUGCGACUAUACCCAUCUGUACCUGUCAACAUCCGUAUGGCUACAAGGACCACGGUACUCCCCACAGGUGGCGGUCCGGAUCGCACUUCCCCAGUCCUCAUACCCAAAGGGAGCGCGAUAGCUUUCAGUAUGUAUGCCAUGCACCGCCGACCGGACCUUUACGGGAUGGAUGCAGAGCUGUUUCGUCCAGAGAGGUGGGAUGAAGAGAUGCCUUUGCAGCAAGAUCCGACGAACGCCAAGUGGGGAUAUCUUCCUUUCCAUGGUGGACCGCGGACCUGUCUGGGCAUGGACUUCGCGCUAACGGAAGCUGGGUACGUGAUUGUGCGACUUCUUCAGAGCUUCGCGGAUAUCAGACUUCCCAAAGGAGAAGCUGCCGAGCUGGUAGGAGUGGAGAAGCAGGUCAUGACAUUAGUCAUAUCGAUCAAAGACGGCUGUAAAGUUGAGAUCGGUUAG